CCUUACCUGAGCGAGUGCCUCAGAAACAUGGCACCUGCUGGCAGGGCUGUUGUUGUGGUAGCGCUGUCGCUGCUGUACUUGUGCCGAGCAAUUUUUUCCACCGAGUUUUUCUCCGCGCUCACUUUCGCCGAGGGCGAGCACGGCUGCGGCCCGCCGUCCGAGUGGGAGGAGUACGCCGCGGACUGCGAAACUGCUGUGCUUCAGCUGGAGGACCCUGACUGUGAGGAGGGCAGCAGUCCACCGUGCGAGUCGGUUUUCUCUCUGAAUGCAGAGAAGAUUCUGAGCCAGGCCAGGCUGUUUGUGGAGCAGCGUCGCUUUCCGUUCCCUGUCGAUGACCACAACACCAACGAAGAGCUCGCCAUAGGAUACGUUCUCAUCGGCAACGGGCUCUACGAUGAAGCCAUCAAACACUUCUCCCUCUUACUGCAGGGAGAUCCGGAGCUGGUUAGUGCCAUGUACGGGAGAGGGAUAGCCUACGGGAAAAAGAGCUUACAGGAUAUAAAGAAUGCUGACCUGGCUCUGUACGAGCUGAGUAGAGUGAUCACACUGGAGCCCAACAGGCCAGAAGUGUAUGAGCAGAGAGCAGAGAUCCUCUCUCCUCUGGGCCGUAUCAGUGAAGCUCUGAGUGACCUCACUAAAGCCAUCCAGCUGCAGCCUUCAGCCAGACUGUACCGCCACAGAGGGACACUGCUCUUUAUCUCAGAGGACUACGUUGCUGCUAUGGAGGAUUUCCAGCAGUCUCUGGAGCUGAAGAGGAACCAGCCCAUCGCCAUGCUCUACAAAGGCCUCACCUUUUUCCACAGGGGACUACUCAAGGAGGCCAUUGAGACGUUUAAAGAAGCGCUGAAGUUGAAGUCGGACUUUAUCGACGCACACAAAAGCCUGGCUCAAGCCUACAGGGAGCUGGGUGAUUUUGACAAUGCUAUGGAGAGUUUCCAGAAAGCUCUGCUGCUGAACCAGAAUCACCUCCAGUCUCUGCAGCUCAGAGGGAUGAUGCUCUAUCACCACGGCAGCCUGCAGGACGCCAUCGGCAACUUUAAGAGAUGCCUGCAGCUGGAGCCGUAUAAUGAGGUGUGUCAGUAUAUGAAGGGCUUGAGCCAUGUGGCAAUGGGACAGUUCUACGAAGGCAUAAAGGCUCAGACUAAAGUCAUGCUCAAUGACCCUCUGCUGGGCCAGAAAGCCAGCUCAGAAUAUCUGAAAGUCAAGUACCUCCGAGAAUAUUCUCGAUAUUUGCACUCACACCUGGACAUCCCUGUAGCAGAAUACAAUGUGGACCAAGAUCUUCCAGGAAACUUCAAGAACCACUGGGCCAAAAACCUGCCUUUUCUCAUAGAGGACUAUGAGGAGCAGCCUGGUCUGCAGCCCCAUAUUAAAGAUGUUCUACCUCAGGACUUUGAGAGUUAUUCUCCAGACGUGCAGAAGCUAAUCUGUACGGCGGAUCAUCUCGGGUCUCUGAUGCAGUACAACACAUCUGGGUUUCUGCCCAACUUACGCAUACAGAGAGCUAUGGGUCUGGCCACCAUUGAGGUGAUGCAGGCGAUGCAUCGGACCUGGAGUAACUCGAAAGUGCGAGUCAACGGUAAAACCCGGCAGCUGCAGUGGAGAGACAUGUUCGACAUCGCGGUUAAAUGGAGGAGGAUUGCAGAUCCAGACCAGCCUGUUCUGUGGUUGGACCAGAUGCCAGCAAGGAGCCUCAGCAGAGGAUUCAAUAACCACAUCAACCUCAUCAGGGGGCAGAUCAUCAACAUCAGAUACAUGGAAUACUUCGGCAGCAUCCUCAACUUCAUCAAAGACAGAAUAUUAGUCUAUCAUGGGGCGUAUAAUCCGAGAGGUCUUCAGGAAGUGAAACAGGCUCUGGAGAAUGUGAAUAAAGUGGAAGAUCUGCUGCCUAUAAUGAAGCAGUUCAAUAGUAAAACGAGGGAUGGUUUCACGGUGAACUCAAAGGUGCCCAGUAUGAAGGACCCUGGGAAGGAAUACGACGGCUUCACCAUCACCAUCACCGGAGACCGUGUGGGGAACAUGCUGUUUUCCGUGGAGACCCAGACCACAGAGGAGAGGACGCAGCAGUAUCAGUCUGAGAUCGAAGCCCUUUAUAAAGACCUGACAGCUAAAGGAAAAGCGCUCAUGCUCUCCUCUGAACUAGGGGACGCAGAUGCGGUCUGUAAUCUAAUCCUGUCUCUGGUGUAUUACUUCUGUAACCUCAUGCCACUGUCCAGAGGCUCCAGCAUCGUGGCGUACUCUGUGGUGAUGGGAGCCCUGAUGGCGAGUGGCAAAGAGGUCGUAGGCAGAGUCCCGUCUGGAAAGCUGGUGGACUUUGAGGCCAUGACCACACCCAGCGCUGACCGGUUCUCUAAAACAGCAAAAAGCUGGAUGAAUUUAAAGAGUUCGCCAAGUUGGUACCCGAACCUUCCAUCAGUAGCAGAGACGUUCCAGUUCUCCAGAACCAUGAUCGAAGUCCUGAAUACCGACUCCUCCUCCCGCUGUCCGAAAAAGUCCUAAUGGAGCCCCGUCCCAAUGAGGGCUGCCACUGCACCCUCGGCUCCUUCCCCUUCUCCUGUCUCUCUCUCUCUCUUUUUCUUUCUUUCUUUCUUUCUUUCUCUGUCUAUUUCUCUCUCUCUCUCUUUCGCUCUCUCUCUUUCUUUCUUUCUUUAUUUAUUUUCUCUCUCUCUCCCUCCACGAGUCUCUACUUCUCCUGUCUUCCAUUUAAAGAGCUACUUCAGUGUAAAAAGCAGGCAAAGUUGGUGAAUCCACUUUCCUUCAAGUCUUAAACGGUGCUUUUCUCAUCUGAGAGGAACUCUAAUGUCCCUGACAACAAAUAUGCCUGAUUUUUAUUCCCCCAGGUGGUUUAGUUUAUGAGAAGUUAAAUGAACAAAGCACACUUCCUCACCUUUUUCUUUCAUAGAUCUUAUUUAGAUUCCUAUAUGUUUAAACUCUUGUGACAAUCAUGUUUUAAUUAGCGAGUGAACGAAUCUAAGCAGAGAAGGCCAAUCGAGAGCAAACGUGACCCACAGGCCUUGUGUUUUCUCUGCCUUUACACCCGAUUCAACUCGAAAAGGGCUUGAAAAAUGGGAUUAUGAGUUGAAACGUGUGCGUUAGAGCAGGGAAAGAAGAAAAAUAUGCCGGAAAGUUCAAUUAAAUGAACAGAAAAUAUGACCGAGAGCCUCUAAUUGAUCCCCAACUCCAACAAAUCAUAACCUUCGGAACGGUUUACGGUAAAAUGUGCCGCAAGUUUUCUUUUCCAUAUUUUGGAUUUAAAAUCCCUCUGUUUUGUUGGAAAAUGUUCUCUUUUUUUUCCCUCCUCGUCUUGGUGUUUUGGCUCGAUUUACCUCUGAACGUGGAGGAUGGUGGAGCUGUUAGGAGCCAUGGAAGUUGCCAGAUCCUCCUGUUUUCAGCCUGUAUUUUACGUCUUUCUCUCCCUACUGUGAACUUGAACAAGCAACAUGUCAGUUGAAACUCGACUCACUCUGUAUUUUAUUUUAGCCUUUGAACUGAUCGACUUGAAUGUUUUAAUCAAUGUUAUGUUUUAACCAGCUUUUUAUUUUUAUUUUUAUUUAAGUAUUGAUUUAAAGGCUGGAGGUUUGAAUGACUUUCCCGAGGAGGACGUUGUCGGUGUCCUGAAAUUAAACUUGAAUAGUGCUUGAGUUUUCUUUAAGAACAGUGGGGGACUCGAGUCAGUAAAGAGAUUAAAGAACUAAA